CUUUCACAUCUCAUCCUCUCACUCUCUCUCUCCUUUGGAUUCUUCAGUGAGGAGAGGAAAUGUCGGAUCUUCAGACACCGCUUGUGAGGCCCAAGAGGAAGAAGAAUUGGGUUGAUUACUUUGUCAAGUUCCGAUGGAUCAUUGUCAUCUUCAUCGUCCUUCCAUUCUCAGCCACAUUCUACUUCCUCAUCUACCUCGGGGACAUGUGGUCUGAGUCCAAAUCCUAUGAGAAACGCCAGAAGGAACACGACGAGAAUGUCAAGAAAGUCAUCAAAAGGCUUAAGAAUAGGGAUGCUGCCAAGGACGGGCUUGUCUGCACUGCCCGUAAGCCGUGGAUCGCUGUGGGAAUGAGGAACGUUGACUACAAGAGAGCCCGGCAUUUCGAGGUUGACUUGGGCGAGUUUCGUAACAUCCUUGAGAUCAACAAGGAGAAGAUGACUGCUAGAGUGGAGCCUCUUGUCAACAUGGGACAGAUUUCCCGUGCUACCGUCCCAAUGAACCUGUCUCUUGCUGUUGUUGCUGAGCUUGACGACCUUACGGUUGGUGGACUCAUCAAUGGAUAUGGUAUUGAAGGAAGUUCUCACAUCUACGGUUUGUUUGCUGAUACCGUUGAGGCUUACGAGAUUGUCCUUGCGGGUGGGGAACUUGUCCGUGCCACAAGGGAUAAUCAGUAUUCCGAUCUUUUCUACGCAAUCCCUUGGUCGCAAGGAACUCUUGGACUCCUUGUAGCUGCUGAGAUCAGGCUUAUUAAGAUCAAGGAGUACAUGAGACUCACUUACAUACCAGUCAAGGGAGAUCUUCAAGCCUUAGCUCAAGGUUACAUUGAUUCUUUCGCUCCCAAAGACGGUGACAAGUCGAAAAUCCCGGAUUUCGUCGAAGGCAUGGUUUACAACCCGACGGAAGGAGUGAUGAUGGUUGGGACAUACGCAUCGAAAGAAGAGGCGAAGAAGAAAGGAAACAAAAUCAACAAUGUGGGAUGGUGGUUCAAGCCGUGGUUCUACCAGCAUGCGCAGACCGCGCUGAAAAAGGGACAGUUUGUUGAGUACAUCCCAACUCGUGAAUACUACCACAGGCACACAAGGUGCUUGUACUGGGAAGGGAAGCUUAUUCUUCCAUUUGGUGAUCAGUUCUGGUUUAGGUACCUCUUAGGUUGGUUGAUGCCUCCAAAGGUCUCUCUUCUUAAGGCCACCCAAGGUGAAGCUAUCAGGAACUAUUACCAUGAUAUGCAUGUUAUUCAGGAUAUGCUUGUUCCUCUUUACAAAGUUGGCGAUGCCCUUGAAUGGGUUCACCGCGAAAUGGAGGUUUAUCCAAUUUGGCUGUGCCCACACAAACUCUACAAGCAGCCAAUCAAAGGCCAGAUCUACCCGGAACCAGGCUUUGAGUAUGAAAACAGACAAGGAGACACAGAAGAUGCACAGAUGUACACUGAUGUUGGAGUCUACUACGCACCUGGACCUGUCCUAAGAGGUGAAGAGUUUGAUGGAUCAGAAGCCGUACGUAAGAUGGAGAAAUGGCUGAUUGAGAACCAUGGAUUCCAGCCUCAGUACGCAGUGUCUGAGCUUGACGAGAAGAGCUUCUGGAGAAUGUUUAAUGGUGAAUUGUAUGAGGAGUGCCGCAAGAAGUAUAGAGCUGUUGGAACGUUCAUGAGUGUUUACUACAAGUCCAAGAAAGGAAGAAAGACUGAAAAAGAAGUUAGAGAAGCCGAACAAGCUCAUCUCGAAACUGCUUAUGCUGAGGCAGAUUAAGUAAUAAGCCUUGGUUUGAUGAAGUGGCUUGGGAUUAUUAUUGGUAUUGCUAGUAGUGUCUGUUAUGUUGUUGUUUCCUAAUUUCAGUUUUAGUGUCCUGAAGACUAUUGUUAUUUGCUUCUUGUUGUUGUUUGUUGUUUGACUUAUUAUGGUUUGAGUGGAGUUUUAGAGUUUAAAACUUGGAUUUGCUUAUGAGAUUUUGUUUGA